AUGGGUAGCUUGUAUCCAGCGCAUAGCUACACCGCCUUACAUCGAAAUAUCAGCUUCAGUUUAUCGAUGACGGAAGUGCGUAUACCGAAGCAUAUCAUGCGGCAUGAGGAUGCUGUGCUGGGUUGCAAAUACGAUUUGGAUGGCGAAUCACUAUACUCAGUUAAGUGGUAUAAAGACGGUUUUGAAUUUUAUCGCUACGUACCGCGGGAUAUGCCACCUGGACAGGUGUUUCCACUACCGGGUGUUGAUGUUGAUCUUCUCAACUCCACAGACAAUGUAGUGGUGCUGCGUCGUGUAACGUUGCAAUCAACUGGUCGUUAUCGUUGUGAGGUAUCGGGAGAAGCCCCGUCUUUCCAAACAGUGUCGGGGCAUGAGGACAUGAUUGUUGUGGUUACACCAAAGCAUGGACCGCAAAUAACCGGCGGUCAGCCUCGAUACCAAAUUGACGACAUUGUGCGCGUGAACUGCACGUCGGCGCCAUCCAAGCCUGUGUGUCAUCUCAGUUGGUUAAUUAAUGGCGUACAUGUGAAUCGUACAUAUCUGCGGCCAUACGACCCAAUCAUUGUCGGGCGUGAGGGUUUGGAAAUGGCGCGACUGGGAUUGGAAUUUCGAGUGCGUAAACGAUUUUUCAAACACGGCGACAUGAAGUUGAAGUGUGUGGCCAAAAUAUCGUCGGUUUAUUGGCAGAGCAAUGAAGAGAGUGUAGCAAAUGAAAAGCAUCAGAAGAUACCGGUGCUUGAGUCGCGUGAAACCGUUGUAGCAAAAUCAAGAUUGCGCGACAAAGCAUUAGAAGAUAACCAACUUAAAGAUGCCAGCACCUCAUCAGCAGCCACAUCAACAGCCACGACGUUCAUUCCAUUAGCCGCUCAAAAUUCGAUACUUCUGCAAUUCACGCCAACGCUACUCCUACUCUCGCUGCCGUCUUUAGCAGCUGCUCUGCCACUGUUAAUAACAUUUCUGUGUCAAUAUUGCCAAUUUAAUAUUAGUAUGCGUCGACGAGGCUAUCGAUUGCUGGCGUGUCAUGGUCACUGCAGCUAUUGGAGGUGGUGGAGACACAAGUUUUACUCGGUUGGCAGAUGACAAUUAGCUCUGACAUAUUAAAUGUGAUGGCCGUUGCAACAGCAACAACAGCAGCAGCAGCAGCAGCAGCAGCAGUAGCAGGAGCAGCAACAGCAAUGGCAAUGGCAACGGCAACAGUAAAAGCAAUGAAAGUUCUCAGCUGUUGUCAGUCUACUCGUACAUACAUAAAUUGUUGAGGACAAAUUCUAUUCGCGUUUUUCGUUGCGAAUCAUUUAA